GUAGCCUUUCAAUACUUCACUAGCUUUUUUUGUAUCUUACUCGACUGACUUGUGAAGCACUUCUAUAUAAACCAAGACCUCCUAUACAUAUUCGUCUCAUAUUCUACAUCACCAUUAACAUCAACAUCAGAUCAUAGCCAUCGAAGGUUCACUCUUUAAUACCUUUGGUCUUGAUUCUUACAUUCUUUCAACAUGCGGGGUCUAGGUUCUCUCGCCACUCUCCUUUUUGGGUCACUUGUUUCUGCUCAAAACAAUUAUUCGGCCUUGCCAGUAAAUUUCUUGAAAACCAGCAAUCCUGUCACUCCACUUCCCCAAGGAUAUCCAUGGGGCAAUAGGACUGCUAACAACACCAAUCCUUAUACUGGGGCACCACACACCGGUGUGAUUAGAAAAUAUGAUUUCACGGUUAAAAGAGGCCAAGCAUCGCCAGACGGUUACCUAAGAGAUGUGAUACUAGUUAAUGAUGUCUUCCCCGGCCCUCUCAUCGAGGCCAAUUGGGGAGAUACAAUUGAAGUCACUGUUCACAAUGAGAUUAGAGGCCCUGAGGAAGGUACAGCACUUCAUUGGCAUGGACUCCUGCAAAAGGAAACUCAAUGGUUUGAUGGUGUUCCUGGAGUUCAACAAUGUCCAAUCGUGCCUGGAGGAACCUUCACAUAUUCUUUCUUGGCCGAUCUUUACGGGACAAGUUGGUGGCAUUCUCAUUACUCUGCCCAGUACAAUGCUGGUAUAUUUGGUCCUAUGAUCAUUCAUGGUCCCCCAACUGUUCCAUAUGACAUUGACAUGGGACCAAUACUCUUGAACGAUUGGUAUCACCCAGAUUACUUUUCAUUAGUUGAGGAUGUUAUGUCUACCGACCUCAAUAGAGUUCUUGUAAGUUCCGAUAGCAAUCUUAUCCAAGGGAAAGGAUUCUUCGAUUGCUCUACAAAAGCUGCCGGUGACAACGCUACCUGCAAUGAUGAGAACUAUAUGCCACCUACUUUCAAGUUCACAGCUGGGUUGAAGCACAGACUUAGGCUCAUCAACGCCGGCACUGAAGGGAUGCAAAAGUUCGCAAUCGAUGGCCACAACAUGACUGUCAUUGCUAAUGAUUUCGUCCCUAUCAUCCCAUACACAACCCAAGUCGUAACUUUGGGAGUUGGCCAGCGUACCGAUGUUAUCGUUGAAGGUCUCCCGACUGGAACGACUGGAUCAUUCUGGAUGCGAUCAACAAUCGCUGGAUGUUCUCUUGCCAAGAACCCUGAAGCUAAGGCACUCGUCUACUAUGACCUCGAUCCUAAUGUAAACUCUACCACUACUGCCUCCGCCACAUUCAAUGACUCUGUCGCCAAUGUCUGCGCAAAUGAUCCUCUUAACGAAACGACUCCUUGGUACCCGAUUACACCCGAUCCAAACCCACCAACAACCGAACAAAUCGACGUUGGAUUCGGACAAAAUGCUUCUGGAAACUGGCUAUGGACGAUGAAUAAUUCUUCCUUCCGUGCCAACUUUAACGAGCCAAUCCUUCUCCUAUCUAACCAGGGGAACAACUCAUACCCAGAUAGUCCCCAAUGGAACGUCUACAACUUCGGUGACAACAGUUCCAUCCGUAUCUACAUUACCAACCCCACCGCAGUCUCUCAUCCGAUGCAUCUUCACGGCCACAAUAUGUUCGUGUUGAAUGAAGGAUUGGGACUCUGGGACGGGAAAACAGUUGUUCGGCCAUCUAACCCGCAGCGUCGUGAUGUACAAACCCUUCAAGCUGGUGGCUACAUGGUACUACAAAUAACGGCUGACAAUCCAGGCGUUUGGCCUUUACAUUGCCAUAUCGCAUUCCAUGUUAGCAGUGGAUUGUAUGUGAGUGUCUUGGAACGACCUGCAGAUAUUGCGAAGUUGAACAUUCCAAGUAUCAUGGCUCAGACUUGCAGAGAUUGGGCGUUAUUCACGAAUACGACUGUGGUGGAUCAAAUUGAUUCAGGAUUGUAGCCCGAAGAUACAGAUGGGUUGUUUCAUUCGAUCUACGACUUGAUCGACUUAACAUCUUCUCGCUCAUUUGUGAAUUUUUUGUCAUUCACUCAUUCGUUUCGAGUUGAAAUAUUAAUAAUAUGCUUGGGGAUUGCAUCACUUUCCUUAAGCAGGAACUAAUAGAGUAAUGAUAAUUGUGGCGACUGGUGUAUACAUGACUAGCGUCACAGUUUAUUUAAGCAUAAAAAGCCUUUCAUUCAGUUGUUCGUUUGUUUUGGAGGCAUACUGUAGGCUAUGGCCUAGAGGGGGGUUGGGGUUCUUAUUGAGGUCUCGAAUAUAUAUGAAUAAUUAAUGCAAUAUGAUUUUCUUUCA